AUGAGCCAUUGCCCUGCUGUUCAAUCGGAGAUCCCGGUGAUCGACCUGCGGCUCGCCGGCGUGGCGCCUGAGGAGGCCGCGCGGAUGCGCGACGCGGCCCGGCGCCUGGGCUGCUUCCGGGUGUCCGGCCACGGCGUGGCGAGCGCGCUCCAGGCCGACAUGAGGGCCGCCGUGCGCGCGCUGUUCGACCUCCCCGACGACGCCAAGCGCCGCAAUGCCGACGUCAUCCACGGCAGCGGCUACAUGGCGCCGAGCGCCACCAACCCGCUGUACGAGGCGUUCGGCCUCUACGACGCCGCGUCCCCCGCCGACGUCGACGCCUUCUGCUCCUGCCUCGACGCGCCGCCGCACGCCAGGGAGGCAAUCAGGCGCUACGCUGAGAAGACGCACGAGAUGAUCGUGGACAUCGCGGCGAAGCUGGCGUCGAGCCUCGGCCUGGACUGCUCGUUCCAGGACUGGCCGUGCCAGUUCCGUAUCAACAGGUACAACUACACUCCGGACACGGUGGGGAAGACCGGCGUGCAGAUCCACACGGACUCCGGCUUCCUCACCGUGCUCCAGGAGGACGACUGCGUCGGUGGCCUCGACGUGGCGGACCCGGUCACCGGCGAGUUCUCGCCCGUCGAACCCCUGUACGGCACGUUCCUCGUCAACCUCGGCGACGUCGCCACGGCGUGGAGCAACGGGACGCUGCACAACGUGAGGCACCGGGUGCGGUGCGUGGCGGGCAUGCCGCGCAUCUCGAUCGCGAUCUUCCUUCUGGCGCCCAGCGACGACAUGGUGCGCGCGCCGGAGGCGUUCGUGAGCGCCGAGCUGCCGCGCCGGUUCAGGGAUUUCAGCUACGAGGACUACCGGCGGCUCAGGCAGUCCACUAGUGAGCACGCCGGUGAGGGCCUCGCGCGCUUAGUAGCAUGAUGGCACAUUGCUUUACGGUCAUGCAGUCACUUACUGAUACUACAGCUGAGCUAUUGUCUUAAUUAUAAAUGUUGAACGGAUCCCUUUUUCUUUUGAUGCACUGCAUCAAGUAAUAUAUGUAUUUAACAUAUU